GAAUAAAUUAUUCUCAUGCCAUUAAAAAUGUGAAAACAUUGUCAAACUGGUUCAGGAAAAUAUACGUUAAACUGGAGAAGUUGCACAAAUAAAAACAACAAAUAUUGGAAUAUGAAUAACUUCGAAGAAUAUAUUGGUCUCAACGAAUUCAGUAUUGAGGUUUGGCGUAUGUUAAUUGCAGAAUUUCUCGGCACCUUCCUCUACGUGUUCAUUGGCGUCAUUAGCACGAUCUCAUUAUCGCAGAACCUGAUGACAUCUGUGGUACCGGUUGCCUUCGCAUUUGGACUGGCAUUGUCAAGUAUAUCGCAUGUGGUGAAUCGGGCUAGUGGUGCUCACCUGAAUCCCGCUGUAAGCAUAGGUCGGCUGGUCGUCGGUCAAAUGAAGUUGCUGAGAUGUUUGUGCUACAUACUAGUGCAGUGUGCCGGUGCGUGUUUGGCGGCAUUUUUGGUGGACAAAAUUUCCAUGGGACCUUCGCUUGCCAUAAGGCACGGUGUAACACGUCCACUUUAUGUGGGAGUUUGGGAAGCUUUGGUUAUUGAAAUUGUCAUUACAUUCCUCAUGGUUCUGGUGUACAAAUCAAUGGCAGAUCCUACACGCGAUGACUUGCAUUUAUCCGGGCCAUUAGUUGUGGGUCUGUCGGUUACAGCAGGUCAUCUUGUAGGCUACUUGUGUUCAACAUCAAGCAUGAAUCCAGCGCGUUCUUUUGGGCCCGCACUUGUAAAUGGCAACUUCGAGGAUCACUGGAUCUAUUGGGUGGGACCGAUUUCGGGUGGUAUCAUCGCUUCAGUUUGUUAUCACUUUUGUAUACAGGAUCGUGAAGCGCUCAGAAGAAGACGCUCCAGAAGAAGUAGUGCAAGGAGAAAGAGCGUUCCGAAAGCAUAAAGAAUAUAAAAGAGCUUGAACUAUAGAUUAUUCGUAUGAAAUGCAAUAAAUGUAGAAAAAUGAAAUAUUUACAUUACAUAUGUAUGUAAAUUUUUUAGUGUCAGAUGCAUAAUUGCUACUUAAAUCAUAUCCAAAAUAUAAACUCAUGUAGGA